UUUAGGAUCCCCGCACGGACGCCAAAAAGUGAUAUUUAUCGACUGUGGCGAUAAGUAGAUGUGUCUCUGUAGUUCUUGCAUCCACUUUUGGUGGCGAAAAUCGGUCCCAAGUAAACCCUACGCCCCCUACGGCGUGGCCGUUCUCAGGUCUUCCCUCUGUGUAUAUGUAUACAGAAAUACGAAACAGGUGAUAUUUGUAAUUGUAGGUAGACCGAUUUGACCGAGAAAACGCUUUUCGUUCUUACGAUACGAAGUAGAAGCCCGUGGAAGAAAAGGAGAUGAUACGAAACAAGCCACUGGUUUAACAUGUCGCGCGCAACUCUCUUAAAGGGAACAAUGCCGAAGCAGACAAGAGUGCCGGAGUUAAACAAAUGCAUUUUGUCUCGAUUAUGGUAUACAUCUCUCAAUAUUUUCCACGUGAACAACGACAGCGGCUUCUUGAAAGAAUUCCAUCACGCCUGCUGCGUCGACGUCGACUUGUCAGAAUUGGAAACUGUAAUUGAAAGCUUGACGUAUUCACCGAAUGAAGAGCAGUACCAGUGGAUCGCCUAUGUUGUGCUGCGGAAACUUGUAGAUAACAAAUCGUCCAAUGUCGAUGUACAGUGCAAUAUUCGAGCGCAAUUCGAUUGCAUACAAAUAAAGAAUGCGAUCGAGCUGUGCGGUAAUGCGCCAGACUGCUUGCACAAGGAAUCGCUACUACUUCUUCAACAAGUAAUCAAGGAAUGCGACAGAGAAGGUACCUCGAGUAUUACGUUCCAACAGAUCCUUACAUUCCUGAGAGACAACAUGUAUGUCAAUGUGGAAACCGUGUGCUGGAUCAUAAAGAAAUUAAUAUCUAUAGUUCCAAGCGCGAACGAGAUCGCCGGCAAUUUACAAGACAUUUAUUUUUCUACUCUGAAGUCAUGCCUGGAACACAUUCCAGCCAGAAGGAGUUGGCACUCGAAUGAUAUGGCGAUCGACUCCUCUUGUCAAACUGACUUGGCUACUCGCGGCAAUUCUUUACAAGUGGUUCUACGCCUGUUGUCCCAAAUAGACGUAGACACGGACACGCAAGUCGACUUUCUGAAAACAGUUUGCCCUACGCUUUCGAGGGCCCACCAUAUUAAAGAUAUUGAACUUGCGUUAUAUUCAAGGAAAAGUGAGAAGCUGCUGAACGAAUGGCUUUCGCUUUGGAAUAAGACGAGGCACGCGUGUCUCGAGAGCGCCACUACUCUACUCACGGCAUAUGAAAUGAGCGAAGAUCUAUUUGAAUUGACAGAAAACUCGGCAAUUUCUUUGCGCAAACAGGAUUUACUUGAAAGAACGUGUACAAGAAAGUCGCAUUGGUUGGAUGAUAUUUUGGAUAUAUGUUAUAUCUUGACUAUGAAAAGAAAAUACAACCAAGUCGAAUUAUUGCUUUCGCACGACUUAUUAAAGAGAUUAUAUCCAGUGUUAUUGUUUAAAGCAUUAAGUGAUUGCGCGCAGGAAAUAACCGAUACUAGCGAAAGCUACGACAAUGGUAUUUUUAUCUGUGAGUCCAUCAGCUUCCUCUUAGAAAAGUGUUAUCCUGAUAUACGCAUCGACUAUGAUUUAAACCAAUUAUAUACGCUCUUAAAAAGCCAUAUUAGAAUUGCGGUAUAUAUUUUACAGUGGAAGAAAAGGCAGUUUGUAAAUACGAAAUUAGAUACCAAAGAAUCGAAAAGUGCGCAAUCCGAGGCGAUUGAACAGACGGUGUCUGUAAAGCAGAUUUUGUCUCUGUUGCAAAAGCACAAUAUACUUUUCGUCCUGAAACUCGCGACAAAUAUACACGAUCAAGAUCACAGUGACAUCCAAGAUUUGCUGAGGGAGACUUUUCCGAGCCAAUCCGCGAGCUUCCAUGCAUACUGUUGCGUGAUAAGCGCCUUGAAAGCCAUUUUCUCGUGUGAGGUUUAUAACGCGGAACCCAAACAAAGUGCUAAACAUUUCGCUGACAUGACGACGUACUUGGCCUCUUUGUUUCCUCUAUCAUUAAGGACAGAGACCAUGGAGAGUAUAUUUUCCUUAUUAUUUUUACGUUAUGAAGACUUCAGCGUUACAAAUGCCAGUUACAAGGAUGACGACUACGAUAUUCGUAAGUCGAUAGAAUCUGAAAAGUCAGGCUUCAUAGCUAAUAAAUAUGCUGUAAGAGAUAUGCUGUAUUAUUUGUGGAGGAGUACUUUAAUUGUGACAGAGGAGAUCGAUAAAUUACGAGUACUGGGACUGCACGAGGAGGCGCAACAACUUGGCGAAAAUAUAUCCGCCUUUACGUCAACGUUGACAGAUACUCGUUGGAGAUUGAAAUUCCACAUGGGUCCUUAUUUCACUGAAAAUGUUGGCAUUCCAGAGAAUGAGUCUGAUAGUCCCUCUGUUACGAAUCAAUCGGAAUCCACGAUCCCUCAAAAACCAAGUUUCCCACACCGCGUGAAGGGAGACACUUUUUUUUAUACAAGAGACAGCGCUUCGGAUGAAACUAAAGUUAAGUCUGACAGUAGUUCGGAAUCUAGCCUGUUGGGCGGCAAUAGACGCAGAAAGCGUUCCAAGAUCGCUACAACGGCAGAUUAUUCGUCGACGAAAGACAAACUGUCCUUUGUUAAUUUAAUGCUGGCUUCGAAAGAAAGUUUGAUUUUGCAUUGUUUGUGGAAAGGCAACUUUCAGAAGGCACAAAAAGUAGUCGAGAUGUUCCACAUGGAAAACACCCAGUUAGAUGGUGAGAUUCGCUUUUCAGAAGCGCUUCACAAAUUUAAGCAGAAUACAUGUAAACACAUUUAUGCUUUAGACACAACGGAGUCUUCUAAGGAAAGCUCAAGCACUUCCACGCUAGAGAAUAUAAAAUUUGCUGCACAAGAAGGUGUACAGUCCUCCAGAUACAUCAACCAACUUGAAACGUUUCUAGCGUCUCAACAACUACAUUUACGAAUGCUGGAUACAAAUAUCCUACGUAGCGACCAAGUAUUAACUCUUAGCGUCUUGGAUCUAAGCUUGACUAUAGGCGAAACAUAUCAGAUCUCGAGUAAUCUAUGUGACGUAGCCAUGAAGUAUCUGAAGCUCUGUGAAGCGUUUGACAGCACAGGACACGCAAGUUUCUUCUCGAGAAUCCAUCGAUUGUUUUACGAAAAUAACAAGAGAAAUGAUACACCUGUGACCACGGUACUGUGUGACGCUAGAAUUCCAUUACACGUAAAGGAAUGGAGAGAGAACGAUGCCGUCUGGUGCGAAUUUGAGAAUAAUUAUCGCAUGUUGUACGAUCUCGAAAGAAUUGUACGAUCUUGCGACAAUAAUUAUACCCUGGGUUUAAAAACGAUUAAAAAAAUAUCUGAUAUUUUUAAUAGUAAAAAAUACCUUUACAACCUCUAUUCUUACCUGCAGCUUGUAUCGACUAUUAUUCCAGACGACACUAACGUACAAACGGUGUCUGAUUUAUUGAAGACGCCGUUACAUCAUUAUUUUGGAUAUCAGAUAUUUGACUUGAACACGGAGCCAGAUAAGCUCGAAAAGGUUGCUUUUAGUUUGCAAGUGAACUUGAUGUACAGCAUCCUUGUAAAUGCAUGUCCGAGUAUUUCCUGCGAUAACGAAAGAAACUGCAGCAACAUCACGAAUUCUGAAUGCAUUAUACUGAAUCAACAGCAAGAGAAAUCAGGUAUGAAAAGUGUCGCAGUUAAAGGACCGAAUCAAUGUGUCUCGGAAAUAUUGGCCGAGCUCCUACGGGUUCUGCGCAACGUAAGUUCGGGACGAUCUCGUCUGGAUAAUUCGUGCUUGAGAAGCAUCGCUGAUCAUGCGGACAUACGGAUGAUUCUGAAUAAGACAUCGAGCCUCGCCGGUCUCGAUCUCGGCGAGUUAUCCGUAGGGGACGAAACGUUGACGUUCUUCUUGAACGUUUGGAACAUCAUGUUCCUUCAUGCAAAUUUGGAUGUGUGGUCCAAAGAGCCGCCCCUCCAAAGUUUAAGGCACGCAAUCUCCUUGACAUCGAUCGGUUAUAUGAUUGGCGACUUGGGCUUGGUGACACUCGCCGCUCUCCGAUCCAAGUUACUGGGUAGCCUCGCCAACGACUUAAAAUUCUUCACAGAGGGUGUGGAGGAGCUUAACGAAUUGGCAUGGCAGGACUUGGACCUCGUACAGAAUCCAAAAGUUAUCUUCGCCAUGGCUAAUGAAUUUUAUGGCACGCCUGAGAUUCGUGUGUACGAGACGCAGACAUUGAACGAUGCGUUGAAUCGCGCGGCUCGCGAUUAUAUCGCGUAUUACUCAUCGGUGUCGCCUGACGAUAAGUCCGCAGACGGAUCAAGGCCAAAACUCAGUUUGCCCGAUCUUGUGAGGAGGUACCAAAAUAUGUUUUCACGAAAUACUGAUAUUGAUGCGACAAACGCCAGUAGGAAUUUGCUUCCAAUAGAUGGUUUCGAAAAAUUAAACGGAGAUGUCGAUGUGGAAUACACAACGUCUAAUUAUACAUACCAAGUGAUAUUAAAAUAUUCCGACCACAGUGUAUCUAGCGUUACAACCACAAGUGUCGUACAAACAUCACUUUGGCAGACUCGAAGACUAAGGCCUAGCUUAUUGCAAUAUCUGGAAAGACACUGCUGGCUCCUCUCUUAUCUCAUACAGAGGAUGCAUAACGAGAGUCCGACUAUUUUGGAGAACAAUUACGAUAAUAUAAAACGUACCGCGUGUCUUGAGAACCUUUUGAGUUCUUGGUGGGUUGACAGGCUGAAACUCCUGUUUAACAAUAAUCAAACUCUCGCCGCUAUUUACGAUGGCGUACCUGUGCACGAAUUAUGGCAUUAUUUCGAGCUUGAGAAAGAUGAUAAUUGGCAAAAUUCCUUGGAGAUAUUAAACGCUCUAGCUGACAGCGUCAUAAAAUGUAAUGCAGAGCUGCAGCGCCUCAAGGAUCUGAUACUAAGUCACACGCUGUCCAAUCUGGGUGUCUCAUCUGUCACAAGAAUGCUGCGGUAUCUGUACCAAAUCAAAGAUAUACAUGUGCUGGCGCAAAUAAUAUUGCACAACAUUAAAAAGUGGCCUAUGAUUUUAUGCGAGCACGCGUUAAGCCACGCGUUGCAGCACGAGCAUAGUCACAAAUUACCAGUGCACUGCAAGCAUCGGAUGAAUGGCGUCUUGUGCAGAAUAACGAUCUUCCAUAAAAUGAUUCCGUACUGCAUAAGUAGGUCAAACAGCACGUGGUACGACAUCGUAUAUUGUACAGAGAAGAUCGAUCCGUUUGAGAUCAUCAAGUCCCUGAUCGAUGCGGAUCAGUUUGAGCUGUGUCUGGAUUGGCUCGAGUGUCAAGCGUUUUCCUUAGAGAUGCAAACACCUGUGAUCCAAGAUUUCUUGAUGGGCCUUUUAAAAAACGAACAGCAAGAUUUCAAGCAAGCUUUAAAGUUUCUUCAAGCGUUACCGUUGAGUCAGUCAGUAAAGAUAUGUAAAGGAGUCCUCAAGAAAUUGGAAUCGAUCAGCGCAUUGCAGUUUGUCGCCAACUAUUUAUUGGACCACUGCAGAGUAGUAGAGCAACCAAAGUAUCGGAAAACUUUGGUGGGAUUAGAAAUUCUGAACGCAUUGGAAAAUAAGGACCGAGCAUUGUACAUCCAUUUGAUAAAAGAGCCAUUAUUGAUGCUGGAGCAAUUACUAAUGAAUAGCAAAUUUGAAAAUAUCCAAAAGAUUUUGAACACGCUGCACGAGGCUUUGCAGCAUCCCGAUAUAGGCAUUAACAAUUUUGACAAAAUUAUAAGGUUCUACGCGAAAAAGUCGUUGGACUUUCGCGUAUCGCUCCAACGUGACGGUACCGAAAACAAAGCACACAGAAAUAUCUCGCAACCUAAUCUUGAGGCGGAAAAUGACGAAUUUAUUAUGCCCGUUAACGUGCCCACGAAGGAAGAAUGGAUCCCAAAUGAUAGGGCGAGAGAAUGCAAUUGCUGCAAGGCUGUGAUAUUUUCAAUGUUCAACAGACGACACCACUGUCGGAGAUGCGGUCGUGUCGUUUGUGCCAUGUGUUCCCAGCACCGCAUGCAAGUCGCUGGUUAUCCCAGUUCCAUGCUGGUACGCGUGUGCGACGAUUGCAAACAUCAAACGGUAUUGCAAAUGCGUGCGGUGCAAAGUAUCCCGUCGACAUCCAGCAGCGAACUGUUUGAUUAUUGGCGAUUGACGAGAGACGAGAGACAAAACGGCACCAUAAGAGAGGAGUUUUCGUUCGAGUACGCGCCAAAUAUUUCGCUGUGCCUUGCUAUACUUAAUUUGCACUUCGAUCCCAAGAUAUAUACCAGUUUUCUCUUGGACCGUUGCGAUGAAAUGAAGCGAUUGCUCCAACCUGUUAGCGGCGGCAAGAUAAAUCCCGAGGUCGAUCACGCGGUAAUUAUCAAGAUGAUACGUUCUUUGUUGGUCGCGGCCAAGAUGAAAUGCGCGAAAUUUGGCUUCAAUACCGGUCUUGCACACUGCGACCGGUUCCUAUCGCAGGUGGAUCUAAUCGCAACCCUGAUCCGAUCCGAUUGCGUGGCUCUUAUACCGACUGACGACCUCGACGAGCACACGCUAAGAAAAUUGCGCGACCUUCUCACCGAAAAGGAACGUUGGACAUUGGCGUUGGACGUCAGUACAAAAGCAGGAUUGGACACGCAGGGUGUAUGGGCCGCCUGGGGGAAAGCAUGUUUGAAGGUGGGACACAUAGAACAGGCGAGAGAAAAGUUUCACCAUUGCCUAGACAAAAUUUUGCACGAGGAUCUCGACGAUUGGGUCAUGCUAUCUUAUUCCAAAGAGCUGCUCGAAAACCCCAAGACUGAGUUAACGGAAACGACAACGUGCGCGCCGACCAGAGACGAGAUAUCGGAUGAAGAAAGAAGGUCGUACAAAGGUGGCCACUCCAAGAGAAGUGAAUAUUCCAAGUGCCGGCCGCUGAAAGAUCCGCCGUUGUUGACGGAAAUCCUGCAAAUAUUAGACAACUUAAGCGUACACCGACCCAGAACACAGCAACCAAGUCCGCAACUCAAGUCCGAUGCGGCGCAAGAAAUCUUACAAACGCUCAACAGCUUGAAAGCUAUUAGCCAAAACCAACAAUUUAACGUUAAAUAUCUGAUACCCGCUAAUCAGACAGUGUACUAUCAAGAAAGUCUGUACUAUCUGUUAGCGUAUGGAAGUUACGCCUCCAUCUUACAGUUCUUUUUGAAGCACAAGGAGUUUGACAAGUGCCUGGCAUACAUUUUAGACAACGACAUAGAGCACGAUUUAUUUCUCAAUGGGGUUUACUUGUACUGUUUGAGGAACGGCCAUGCCGAGAAACUUCACGACGCAAUGAGGACGAGAGAUCCCACCUUGGUCAUUUGGAGGAAGUACCUGAUAUCCGUGUGUCAUUUCAUGGAGAGGAAGCAAUAUUGGCAUACUUUAUAUCAGAUACAGCUCUUUAUGAGGGACUGUGUGAGAGCCUCGAUGACAUGCAUCCGUUUUUAUACUAACGAAGCGAACACUUAUUCAGACUUGCACAACAAGGCGCAUUUAUUACAAGAAGCCCAGAAGCACUUGGAGUCGGAACUGCAGAUGGAGAGCUUGACUAAGAGAAGGAGGAACGCAAGCUCGAGUCAGAGCAAUUUGGCGAUGGAGAUGGAACCGUCGGAGAUAGACAGGCACAUAAACACUAUAUGUAGACAGACGGAAAUUGUCAAGUUUCUAGCAAAUUGCGAAAAGGAAGAAAGAGUCUCCACUGAAUUUUUAAAUCUCUUCCCGGAUAUUGACAGUGAGAACUCCCAGACACUUGAGCUACCCACGUUAUUUGGCAACCAACAGCAGAAGAUACAUUUGGCCGUUUUAGCUAUAUUGUGCGGUCGUGAUAUUGGAGAAGGAUUCGGCAUAGCUUUCAGGAUAAUACAAGAUUAUAAUCUUCCGCAGCAAAAGGUAUAUUCUUUAACUGGCCAUGUGUUGGCUUUAAAAAAUAACGUAGCCGCAAUCGAGCAAUUGAUCAAAUGUUGCCGCAGCUCCGGAGCACCUAACGCCCACGUCAUUUCCGACCACGUGUUGGCACACUGUGUGAAAUUAUUGUUGACUCAUUCGUACAGCGAACAGAAUCCGAUACUCAAAAAUCAUAUAGAUACUUUAAUCAGGCUAAUAAUCGACACUGAGCUUAGAAUAAAUGCAUACAUUGAAAGUAAACAAUUGAAGGCUGCGUAUCUGCUUGCGGUCAAGCAUUCUAGGGCACAAGACAUAAGGAGAAUCUUAAAAGAAUCGGAUAGACUCGGUCAAAGUGCAAUUAAAGCGAUAUGCUUGAAGUGGCUACAACAAGAACCAAAAGGAUAAACAUCUGGAAGAAAAAGGAAGAUAAGAUAUUAUCACUGGCAUAUAUUAUAAACAGUAUGUAAGGAAAGUUUUUAUUGGGAUACAAUAAAAUUUUUUGUAUCCAUUGCAAAAAUUUCUGGGUAUAUGUGUAUGCGUAUGCGAGCGUUUAUACAUAUAUAUUUUAUACACACAGAUUACAAGGGAAUACAAGUUUCAAUUUUCUUACAUGUAGAAUUAAUCUAAAAAGAUUUUGAAACUAAACUUCCUGUUCAAGAGCCUCCUUCCUCUCGUUUCAUUAAUUUAUCGUAAAAAAGUUGUUGAAACUAUAUAAUUAUUACUAAUUAGUUCAUUGAAAAUCAUAAAAUAUUUCCUAAUUUCUCUUAGAAAAUUAAUUACAUGUGCCUUUCUUAAAUCUAAAGUAAUUCCUAAUUCACAUAUUAUUUUUACAGCCGUUUAUGUUAUAUCUGUAUAUGAAUACAAAAUCUAAUAACUGUAAUUAACAUGAAACUUGACUAUAAUGACAAUGUUCAAGUAUGAGGAGUAUGAAAUACAAAAAGAGAGGAAUGUAUAGAAUAAGAAAUACAUUUCUAACAUUGCAAAAGA